UGCACCAGAUUUUAAUUGGGAAAAAAAAAAAAAACAAGGAUUUAUUAAUUUGAGCGGUGACUUUAAGUUGACUAGGGUGUAAGAAUCUGUGGUCUCUCUUUGAUUUAUCUUUACAAGCAGCAAAAAACUCUCUGACUGUGAUACCAAAAACAGAGCUACGCAGUACUUGAUCUCCAUCUUCUUCAAGUCUCAUUGAUUUCGUAGUCUCAUUUACUUUGUUUCUAGCUACUUCGAUCGUCUCGUUCUUGUUUCCAUUUGGUCCUAUCAUUUAUUCUUGUCCUUCGUUUUGAUUUGUUCGUUUCUUUGUUUUUCUACCUUUACGCUGCAUCAUUUCUACUUCCUGAGAAUAUUUUGUGCAAGAAGAAACUCUUAAAAAAAAAAAAAAAAAAAAAAAAAAAAAAAAGAAAAAGCGAAAAAAAAAUUCACUGACUGUUUGGUGUUUAAUUGAUAAGCUUUUGUGCCGACUUUUACAAGAGAGAUUACAUAUUUUGAUCUGUACGUGUUCUACGAGGAGGACUUGGCAGAGCAACUAGCUUGAUUUGUGACUGGAAGGUACAAAAGUAAGAUCUUUGAUUAGUUUUUAGUUUGAUUUCCUCCGAUAAUAUUUUUAGCUCUCGCGCAUGUCAGUUGUGUUGGUUGUUAUAAUUUGUCCUUUGAGUUGAAGUUUCUCAUUCCAGUUGUCAUCUUUGCAUUUGUUUUGGUUUAUUUGCUCAUAUUUGAGUUGUUCAAAAAAAGGAAAAAGAAAAAAAUAUAUAUAGUUGAAGAGUACAGAAAGUAAGCAUGGAAUUUUUGUCCAUAAUUGUUGGAAAAAUUGCUGACUACACUAUAGAACCGGUUGCACGGCAAGUGGGUUAUGUAAGAAAAUUGAAAACGAAUGUUGAGAAUCUAAAGGAUGAAGUUGACAAGUUGGUUGAUGCUAAAGAAAGGGUCCAACACUCUGUUGAUGAAGCAUUAAGAAAAUGCCACAAAAUCCAUGCUGACGUUGAGAAGUGGCUGAAAAAGGUAAAUGAGAUGAUUGCAGAGGCAAGCGAAUUCCUGGAAGAUGAAAACCAAGUAAAGAAGGAGUGUCUUUUCGGGUUGUGUCCAAAUUUGAUUUCCCGUUAUCGUCCAAGCAGGAAAGCAAUAAAAUUGGCACAAAAGGUUGUUGAGAUCCCAAAAGGAGGAGCGUUUUCCAGUGUUUCAUAUACCACUCCCCCAGAGGAUAUAUGGACAAGUAGUGUUGGGUACUACCAGGCUUUUGAAUCAAGGUUAUUAGUUGUCACUAAAAUUAUGAAGGAACUCACGGAUUCUAACAACCACAGGAUUGGGGUAUAUGGAAUGGCUGGUGUUGGAAAGACCACACUCGUCAAAGAAAUUGCUAUGCGAGCAGAGGAGCAGAAGUUAUUUAAAGUGGCCAAAGUUGAAGUGAGACAAGAUACAGAUUUGAACAGAAUUCAAAAAGAAAUUGCUGAGAAGUUUGGUCUGGAGCUUAAUGAAAAUCUCACUAUAGCAGGACGAGCGCGCCUUCUAACCGACUACAUUAAGAAAAACAAGAACGUUCUUGUAAUUCUGGAUGAUGUUUGGGAAAUGCUAGAGUUGGAAAAAUUGGGACUUCCAUUUGGGAUAUGUAAAGUUCUGUUAACUUCCAGAAGAAGAGAUUUGUUAUCCUCUGAGUUUGGCACGCAGAAAGAGUUCCUUCUCAAAGUUUUAAAGGAAGAAGAAAGUUGGAGUUUGUUUGAGAAUAUAGUAGCUGAUGAUGUUAAGGACCUUGAUAUUCGAGACACAGCAAUUCAAGUAUCCAAAAGAUGUGCAGGAUUGCCAAUUUUAGUCGUGACACUUGCAAAAGCAUUGAGAGGUAAAAGCCUGCACUCAUGGAAGGAUGCUUUGAGACUUCAAAAAAUGUGUGAAGGAAAAGAGAUACAAGAAAAAGCAUACUCGGGCAUUGAAUGGAGUUACAAUCAUUUGGAAGGUGAGGAAGUAAAGUCAUUGUUUUUGAUCUUUGGUAUGCUUGGGCAACACAACUUCUUUUACGACUUGUUGAAAUAUACAAAGGGAAUGGAUUUGAGUUUGUUUGAAGGCAUCAAUACAAUGGAAGAAGCACACAGUAGAUUGCAUUCAUUGGUUGAUAAACUCAAAGACUCUUGUUUGUUGCUAGAUACUGCAGAUAGAGAAUGGAUCGAAAUGCAUGAUCUUAUACGUGAUGUUGCUAUAAAAAUUGCAUCUAGAGAUCAGUGUUUCUUAUCAUUAGUAGAUGGAGAUGAAUUCAAUGAUUGGCCAAACAAAGUAUUCCUUGAAAAGUGCACCUUAAUAUCUUUCGAUAGGAUCAAUAUUCCUAAGCUUCCUGAACAGUUGGAAUGCCCAAAGCUACAACUCUUCCAAUUGUGUCCCACUAAAAAAUUACUGCCAAUUCCACAUAACUUUUUUAAGGAGAUGAAAGAACUCAAAGUUUUAGAUUUAACCAAAAUCUGUAUGCAAUCACUCCCUCCAUCUAUUCAUUUUUUAAAAAAUCUGCAAACAUUGUGUCUAGAUCAGUGUGAAUUGAGGAAUAUAGCCAUGGUUGGUGAACUAAGGAGCUUGGAAAUUCUUAGCUUUGUGGGAUCCAAGUUUAAGCUGUUACCCAAAGAAAUAGGCCAGUUGACUCGACUACGGGUAUUGGAUUUGAGAGUUUGCUCUCAACUUGAAGUGAUUCAUCCGAAUGUUUUAUCAAGCUUGACAAAAUUAGAAGAAUUGCGGAUGAAUAACAACUUCAUCGAGUGGGAGAUUGAAGAUGUCAGUAAUAUCAGUGAAAGAAGCAAUGCUAGCCUUUCAGAGCUAAAGCACUUGUCUAACCUGACCAGGUUAGAUGCAAAUGUUAAGGAGUUAUCAAUUAACUGUUUCUCUGAAAAGUUGGUAAAUUUCAAGAUAUGUAUUGGCGAUGUUUGGAAUUGGUUUGUAAAAUAUGAAACUUCAAAUACGCUGAAGCUUAAGCUCUCUCAAACCAAUCAAUUGGACAAAGGUCUUCAAACACUGAUGAAAAAGUCUGAAGAAUUGUACUUGGAUGUAUUGGAUGGAGCUACUGAUAUUGUUGAUCAACUAGAUGCGGAUGGUUUUCCACGACUGAAAUAUCUCCACGUCCAAAAUAAUCCUGAAAUUUUACAGAUUGUGAACUGCUGGAGUUCUUCUCCUAUUGCAUUCCCCAACUUAGGGUCAUUAUCUCUAUGCAACCUUGUGAGUUUGGAAAGUAUAUGCUCUGGCCAACUACCAUGCGGGUCUUUUAAACACUUAACAAACAUAGAAGUGAAAAAGUGUCCCAAAUUGAAGAACCUAUUUUCGUUUUCUACUGUCCUACACUUUCUGCAGCUUCAAGAAAUAAAAGUGGUUGAUUGCAACAACAUGAAAGUGAUUGUUGAUAAAAAGGAAGAACAUUUUGAGGCUCAAGUAAAUGAUUGCAUUGAAUAUUUUCAAUUACAAUCUUUAACACUGCAAAGUCUACCAAACUUUACUUGUUUUGUCUCAAAUAAUAAUAGAAAUAUCACAAGAUUCAAAGAGAUCAUUCCGAAUGAUGAGACCGCUGAUGCCAUGGAACUUUUCAAUCAUAAGGAACAGGUUGCGUUCCCCAAGCUUGUUGAAAACUUAACGAGUUUGAUCGUGGAUGGCUGUGGUGGUUUAAGAUUCUUGUCCUCGUUUUCCAUGGCAAUAAACUUUGUGCAACUCAAAAAGCUUCGGAUAUGCAGAUGCCAAAAUAUGGUGGAGAUAAUAUCAACAGAAGAAUAUAAUGGCAUUGAAGAAAAGAUAUUGGAUAAUACGUUUCCCAAACUAGAAUCUCUGGAGCUCGACACUCUUGCAAACUUGGAAACAUUCUGCUCAUCAGCAACUUAUCUCAAAUUUUCAUGUUUGAAUUCCUUGAUUAUAAAGGACUGCACAAAGCUGGGGCCAUUUAUCCUCGACCGCAUGAGCAAAAGUAUUAGAGAUGCUUCUGUUCACUAUUUGUUUGACGAAAAGGUUGGUUUUCCUUGCUUGGAGGAAUUGGUUAUCAAAGGCCUGCAUAAAUUGACGACCUUAUGGCACACGCAACUUGAUCCAAAUUCAUUUUGCAAACUCAGAGAAAUCUUUGUUGAGGAUUGCCAAAGUUUAAUACAUGUUCUCGUGCCCCGUAUACUAAAAAGAUUGGAAAGUAGUGUACAGGUUUUAAAUAUAAGGAAUUGUGAUUCAUUGGAAGCGGUAUUUAAUGUCAAAGAAACAGAUGAUGCACUAUUAUCGCCUCAGUUGGCAUUAAUUUUCAGCUGUCGAAAUCCUUGUGAAGUUCAAAUAGUCAAUUGUAGAAGUCUGAAAAAUGUAUUCCCAGCCUUCAUUGCCAGACAUAGAAAUCUUGAGAAGCUGCAGAAGUUGAAGAUUCAGAAUUGUGAGAUGUUGGAGCAAAUCGUUGGUGAAGAAGUGGGAGUAGAAGGAGAAGCAAUCACGCCUAAGUUUGUAUUUCCAAGUGCAAAGUAUGUAUUCCUCUACAAUCUGCCACAGCUCAGGAGUUUCUAUCCGGGGAUUCAUACUUCCAAGUGGCCGUCACUCAUUCACUUUGGGGUAUAUAAGUGUGACAAACUAGAGAUGCUGGCUGCGGAAUCUUCAUGUUUUCAGCGACAUCAUCAAUUGGAUAUGCCAACCUAUAAUCAAGUAUUCUUUUUAUACGAAAAGGAUUCGUUCUCCAAUUUGGAAGCCCUAGUAUUGGAUAUAAAGGAGACAUCGUGUGGUUCACUCCCAGUAGUAGACUUCUUCAAAAUAAAGUAUCUUGUCCUUUACUACCAACACAUUACAUCGGCUGUUCCUCCGUCUGUUUUAUUUCGGAAAUGUCGCAAUCUUGAAACACUUGAUGUGAACGAUGGAAAUUUUGAAGAAAUAUAUAUCCACGAAGGAUCUUUGGAUGGGGAGAAACAUCUAGAUGGGACUCUGACAAGCUUAAAACAUCUCAAGAUUUUUGGAAUGAACAAGCUGAAGCAUGUAUGGAAAGACAACUCCCAUCUUGCAGGACCAGUUUUCCCUAAUUUGGAAACUCUAGCAGUGGAUGACUGCCCAAGACUAAAGAAUAUAGUUUCACCUGCUAUAUCCUUCCGUAAUAUUGUGGAAUUGCAAGUAACCAACUGCGAUGGAAUGAAGCAUUUGAUCACAUAUUCAGUGGCUAAAAGCGUCAUCAAUCUUAAAAAAAUGACAGUCCAAAACUGUCAAAGAAUGAUAGAAAUUGUUGCAAGUGAUGACGACCAAGGGGAUGGAGAAAAUGAAAUUACUUUUAGUCGGUUGGAAUAUUUGGAACUUUCUGACCUACCAAAUCUGAAGGGCUUUUGCUCUCGGAAUUACAAUGUCAUAUUCCCAUUCUUUAUGACCGUAUCAGUGUCACGCUGCAUAAAGAUGAAGAUUUCUUUUGAUGGAGUACUUCUAAAUGAUUCAAAACGAGAAAAAGUUCAAAUAAUAGAAAAUGAAGGUAAUGAUGAUGACAACAACGAUGAUAACUGUCGUGGUAGUGGUGGUGGUGAUGAUCAUAACAGUGACAAUGAUGAUGAUGAUGAUAAUGCUACUAUAUCAUGUAUGAUGAACGAGAAGAAAUAAAGAUGUGGCAUGCUCAAGCGUACAAGACCAUAAACUGAGAUGAUGGUGGGGUUUCAAAUUUCGAGUUGUUGCAUGAAAAACAUUGGAUAUACUAUGUCACAAGACUAUCUCCGAAGUUUGAAGAUGGAAGAGGUGAUCAAGCAGUCAAAAUAAAGUCGACGCGCGGUUGAGCUCCCCUUUUCGUGAGUAUUGUUACUCCGUUAAUUACAUAUUAAUGCAUUAAGCUGUUUUCAACAUAUUUUCAUAUGGAGUUUGUACGUGCAUUGCUUAUUUGUUAUUAAUUGUUAUUUUUCCCAACUUAAGUUGACUGUUUACCUUUGUUUUUUAAUGACAAGUUCGUACUCCUGGCAUUGUUGUUAUAAGAGAAAUAUUACAUUUGAUAGCA